UCUUUUUGUUGAUCCGAUACUCUAGAUAUUGAGAUUCUUCUAGAUUUUAAACAUUGAAUGUAUCAAUAACAUGAGAUAAACAACUGAAUGAGGAAUAUAAAAGUUGCAAAAAUUAAUAAACUUAUUUCAUUGUACACUAGUGCCAAGAAAGAUUUAUUAGUUAGUUAAAAUAUUCAAAAUGGUCAAACCACCCCAAAAACGGACUCUUCUUAAGAUUAAACAUCAAAAUGUUUUACAAAACCUUGUUGAUGGCUUGAAUAUUAAAAUUCAAAAUUCAUCUAACCAGCUAUUCGCGGCUGUAAAGUUUUUCCAGUCUGCAAUUGAUGAAGCGAAACAAAAAAAUUUGGACGAUUUCUUUCGUGAACAACCAAUAAUUGAAGGAAAAUUGGAUGACUUCAAUGCGCUUUUUACAUCAUUUUUGAACAAUUUCUCCACUUUUACAUCAAAGGAUGAAAAAUUGGCGGAAUACUUGGAAAAAGCCAAGCAAGAAGCAACAGUUUCUAAAUUGGAUGGAAAGCUCAAAAAUAUAUCUUUGAGUGACUUGGCUAUUGAUGAAAACAAUUAUGAGCCACAAUUUCCAGAAGUACCGCUAAGAGCUGAGGGAAAAGUUAUAGUUUCUUCAGUGAAUUCACCUUCUGAUUUCUAUGUUCAGCCAUUCGCCGGAGUUGCUGAGGGCAUAAUGAAAGUUCAAGCAGCUCAACAAGAACUGAUUGAUAAAGGUAUUACAAGUUUACCCAAACUGGCUCCUGGUAUGUAUUGUGUCGCUCGUUACAGUGAGGAUUUUUAUUGGUACCGAGCCAAGAUAAUAGAUGUUACAGGUGGCAAAGUUAAGGUUUUCUACUUUGAUUUUGGAAACAUUGAGAUAGUGGACCCAUCUCGUAUUAUGCCGAUGGCUAAAUCUAUUUCUGAAGAAAAAGUUCAGGCUGUUGCAUGUCACUAUACUCAUUUUAAACCAGAAGGUGGAUGGUCUCAAGAAGCUAUCGAAGCUUUCAAGGAAAAGGUGCAAGCAGAUAAAGCAGUGAAAGUUUUUUUCCUUGAUAGUUAUCCUAGAAUUAGUGAGUUAGGAACUUUCCCUUAUUGCCCUGUUGAUAUCUUCUUGGAGGAUGGCUCAACUUUCAUGAAUGAAAUAAGUGCUAUUGAUGCAAAACGCGUCCUAAAUAAAGCAUAGAAUCUCCUUUUUCUUAAUUUGGGAGACAACAGAUUCUUUUUAUUUUAAAUUAACCAAUGUGACCAUUUUUUAAAUUUAAACGAUUAUGAAAUUAAAAUGUUUUAUUUGUGACCAAAAUUUGAUUUUCG